AUGUCCAUGGAGCUUUGGAAUUCGGAGAAAGCUAGCAGGAAGUCUAAAGACUUAAGCCUUGCGUCUAUGGAUGAUUUGGUCAAGCAGGUAUUCGAUAAGUCCAAAGAGCUAAGUAUGUCUAUCAAAGAUCAGCGUAAACUGGUGAAGAAAUAUAUGAAUGCCAAAAUUGAGGGCAGCGAUGAAAGUGAUUCCAAUUCUAAUGGUGAUUCCGAAUCCGAGGGAGGUAGUUAUUCAAGUUCCGAAGAAGAUUCCAAUUCUGAUUCCGAUAAGGAAACAGAGGAAAGCAGCGAUAAAUCCGAACCGGGAUCCAGUGAAGAUGAAAAGGGAACUCCUUUCGAAGCAACUCAAAAGCAGGGAAACCCCGAAACUAAAUUCUCCAGAGUAGAACCUGAACUAACUCGGCUUGUGGAACAUGUCCCUCCUUCCAAAUUCUCCUCCUCACAACCGGCAUCUCGCAUUCAGCGUCGCAUAACAAUGGCCGGUGGCUUGGUAGCCUCUCCACUUCGCAAUUCCGCACCCUCCAUUAAAGUUCCCAAGUCAGCAGAGGCCAAAUCCUUUCCCAUAUCAAACAAAGUGAAAGUCACGCCACGUCUGGAAAAGCAAGAACCCUCGAGGAAACCCAGUAUCAAUUGCUUGGUAAAGCCGAAAGAUAGUAGUUUCUCAGAAGGAAAGAACAAUCCCAUAAUUAGGCUUCCUGAUCCUAGGAGUUAA